GCCAGACCAAAAAGGAAAAUAAAGACCCACAUAUUUUUUAUAGUUAUCGGAUUUCGCAGAAAUCCGUACCGAGAACCAUUCCUCUGAUAACUAACUACCACCAAUACUUUUCACCGAGGCGCGCGUCCGCAUGAUAGACUCUGCUGAUCUCCGCGACACCGCCGAUUCGAUAUUUUUCGGGGACACGCGGGUGAUUUUUUGCAAUCCCUACCUUAUAGGUGUCUUGAUGGAGAACAUAGUUCCCACCCCAAGGUGUCUUAGGAAUAGAUUCCAGAUAGUUACCACGCCAUCCGCCAACGCCAGGAUC